AUGAUUGGCAAUCAUCAGGAAGUUAAAGUCGACAUCGACUGUAUAGAUCCAGCGGAAGCAAAGAGGUUCCUACCUUUCAAGCCCUAUGAUCAGACCAGUAAUCAGCGCUUGGUCUAUGAGCAGAUGAUCUCUCCUGAGAACCGUGAGCUCUUCCUUGAGACAGUCGAACAAGGUAAAGACGAAGGAUGGGAAGUGAUUCUCAAUCGUAUGAGUGCACUUCUCUGCGCGAAGAACCUCGGCAAUAUUCAAGGACGUGUUUUACUUCAAGUCUCGGCUAAUCACGCUUAUGACACUGAGAAGGUUGUGGCUCAAGCUCGUUCUUAUGCCCAUGAAUUUGAAAAGCUUGGUGUUUCCAAGGAUCGCAUUUGUAUCAAGAUUCCGUGCACUGGACCUGCACUGAAUGCAAGCGCCGCCCUUCUCAAAGAAGGCAUCCGUACAUUGGGUACUUCUCUCUUCUCUGUCACUCAAGCUAUUGCGGCUAGCCAGGCCGGGGCCCUCUCUAUCAGUCCCUAUUACAACUUUCCCUGGUACCACGCCGACCGCAAGCAGUGGCCUAAUGUAGAGGACCCAGCUCUUGAUCAUCCAAUGUCGUCAAGAAUCGUGCAGAUUCAACAAGCAUACAAACAUCUUGGACAAGAGACUGGCAGAGUCCAGCCACUUCUAAAGCCCGCCAGCUUUAUAUCUCCCCGGGAGGUCAUGGCUAUGGUAGAGUUCGGAUGUGACCAUGUGACCGUUCCUGAAGAUAUCCUUCUACAGCUGUCACUUCUCGAUGCAGAGGAGAAUCCACCACCGGGUGAUGUCGCCCAACAGAGCGUCCAAGGCGUUUCGGAUCGGGUUGCACAUCUGGCAGAAACUGACCCCCUUGCUGGGGCACUUUGGAAUGGCAAACUUCCGUCUACCGAAGUAGAUUACUUGGCCGACAAUGGUGCGGCUUUGGAAGAAGCCAUCGCUGCCGAUCCUGUCACAAGGAGGGGACUCUCAGAAGCCCUUGAAGCGUUCAAGCAAAAUGAACUUCAGAGUCGCGCUGUGAUUGAAGAGGCCCUGAAGCAGUUCUGA